AUGCCCAUCCCAACGCGCUCCGCAUCACUCCGCGAGCCCCGGAAAACACCCUCUAAUAUAGCUCGACCCACGACCAACGCUGCGACCCCGGCCGCCGCUUCGACCAAAGCAACUACCCGCCUAACGAAUGACAAGCCUCGAUCUUCAACCAACCCCUCGCCGGCCGAGGGGGUCCCCCUCAAAGAUAACGCGGUCUCCAAUCGCGGCCGAACCCUCCUCCCACAGCGCAGCAACAUAGCCCGAGACGAUGGAAAUGGCUCGGCACAGGCGCGGUUUCAGCCGUCAGAGACCAGACUUCCCCAACGAGGAGAGACAUCGCCAAGGAGGCAGCCGCGGACAAAUACGGGGGAGGAGAGACAGAGGGUGCCAUCGACGGCGAUUCCAAGCGGUGCGGUGCCAACACGUCGCCAGAGCUUGAUACGACCAGGAGCUCUGAAGACAACCUCAACCAAAGGCAAUGUCCCAGCUCCUGCAAAGGGUACGACACCUACAUUCGUGCCGCCAUCCCCACGAAAACCAUCCACGUUGCGAUCACCCACCCAGUCCUCGGCAGCCCAGCGCCCGCCCUCGCCCAAAAAGACGGAAAUGCUCCCUCCCCCUCGGCCCAUGCGAUCUGCCUCUUUGAGACAACCUCGAGAACCUGCAUCGGGGGCACCAGUCGGUGUCCGAGGACAUGCCCGACACCGUAGCCAGAUGGUGCCUGCGAGUACGAAACCAACCCAGCCCGACCCAUCACCCGCCACCCAGAAGCCUCGCGCACAGUUCUCUACCUACCAGCAACACUACUCGCCUAGGAAACCCAGCAAACCUCCCACCCCAACUCCGGGGGCUACAUCCGGACCGGAUACUCUUCUCAUUCCCACAUCCUGGCCAGACAUCGCCGCAUUACAGACAGAACUCCUUCAGCUCAGUCUCUUCCACUCCAGUUCGCUCCAGCAACAUGCAGAGUGGAAGUCGGAAUCUGAGUCGCGCCUGCAUAAAAAGUACGAUGCCGUUGCUGAUCAAUACCGAUCUAUAUUGGUGGACGAGAAGAGUCGCCAACACCAGCUGAAUCUGCAGUCUUUAGCCCGUUGGCUCCAGAACUGCCGCGACCAUCAAGGAGCACAUGGGUUCCCCGAGCAGAUCCAGAUAUUCUCCCAAGUGCUGCAAGAAAUUUCCGACCUGGGGAUGAGUGGAAUAAGUGGACGAUAUACUAAAGCCGUAGCCGUCUUUGAAGACUGGUUCCAGCAAGCGGAUUAUAUUCGGCACCAGCGCGAGACAACGGGGACAUUCGAUGGAACGACUUUCAUUGACCCCCUCGAUAAACCCUGGAAAGAGGAGGUACACGCUCUACAUGCCAAGUUGGAGCUCUGCGCUCGACACCUCCAAAGCCUGGAUAUCCUGGGCUUUGGGGAAGUCGAGCAGUUACCACAGUCUGCGCUUACGCGUGUAUCUCAGGGUCUGGCGGAGUCGAUUCAGUUGAUGCUACAGGAGAUUCGCGCUAUGCGGAGUUUGGAGGCGGAGAUUGUUCGCUCGGAGAGGGAGUGUGUUUGUCGGAUUGCGACAGAGUUGACUGGGUCGAGGCGGGAGAUGAGUGCGCCGCGAGUUGGGGUUUGGAGGUCUUGA